AAUGGGAAGAGAACGCGGCGGUGGAAAAGCGCAUUAUAUCUUUUAACUUCCAGUGGCACGAUGGUUUCGACUUCAGUUCUGUGUUUGUGGACUAUAUUUUGCCUUCAUUUAUGUUGUUAUGUGAACACUGGAAUAGCACAGAAUUCGAGAGAAGUGAUCCUACUGGAUUCUAAGGCGCAACAAACAGAACUGGAAUGGAUUUCCUCUCCGUCGAGUGGGUGGGAGGAGAUCAGUGGGUUGGAUGAAAACUACACGCCCAUACGUACUUACCAAGUGUGCCAGGUCAUGGAGCCAAAUCAGAAUAACUGGCUUCGGACUAACUGGAUAGAGAAAGGGGAUGCUCAGAGGAUUUUUGUAGAACUGAAGUUCACCUUGAGGGAUUGUAAUAGCCUACCAGGUGUGGUGGGGACUUGCAAGGAGACAUUCAACUUGUACUAUCAGGAAACUGACACAGAGGUUGGGAGGAACAUACGUGAGAGUCACUAUGUGAAAAUCGACACUAUCGCCGCAGAUGAAAGCUUCACCCAGGGGGACCUCGGUGAAAGGAAGAUGAAGCUGAAUACUGAAGUGCGUAUAAUUGGCCCCCUGACUCGACGAGGGUUUUACCUGGCCUUUCAGGACGUGGGGGCCUGCAUCGCCCUGGUCUCAGUCAAAGUGUACUACAAAAAGUGUUGGUCCAUCAUUGAGAAUUUGGCGACUUUUCCGGACACGGUGACUGGAUCGGAGUUCUCGUCCCUGGUCGAGGUGGAGGGUAUGUGUGUGAGUGAUGCAGAGGAGGAGACCGACAACUCUCCCAAAAUGCACUGCAGUGCAGAAGGAGAGUGGCUGGUGCCCAUUGGGAAAUGUAUAUGCAAAGCGGGAUUUCACCAGAAGGGCGACGCAUGUGAACCGUGCGGGCGUGGAUUCUACAAGUCUUCCUCCCAGGACCUGCAGUGUUCGCGCUGCCCGGCGCACAGCUACAACGACAGGGAGGGCUCGUGGCGCUGCGACUGCGAGGACGGCUACUACCGGGCGCUGUCUGACCCGCCGUCUGUGGCCUGCACCCGGCCGCCGUCGGCGCCGCAGAACCUGGUCUACAACAUCAACCAGACCACCGUCAGCCUGGAGUGGAGCCCGCCGGCCGACUCGGGCGGCCGCAACGACGUCACCUACCGGAUUAUCUGCCGGCGCUGCAGCUGGGAGCCGGAGGAGUGCGCGGCGUGCAGCGGGAGCGUGGGCUACUCGCCGCAGCAGGCGGGACUAACGGACACCUACGCCACCGUCAGCGAGCUGCUGGCGCACGCCAACUACACCUUCGAGGUGGAGGCCGUCAACGGCGUGUCCGAGCUCAGCCGCACCCAGAGGCUGUUCGCCGCCGUCAGCAUCACCACCAGCCAAGCAGCCCCGUCCCAGGUCAGCGAGGUCAUCAAGGAGAGCGUGCAGCAGCGCAGCGUCCAGCUCUCCUGGCUGGAGCCCCAGCAGCCCAACGGAGUCAUCACCGAGUACGAGAUCAAGUACUACGAGAAGGAUCAGAAGGAUCGCAUCUACUCCACGGUGAAAUCAAAGUCCACGUCGGCUACGGUAAACAACCUGAAGCCGAGCACGGCGUACGUGUUCCAGAUCCGGGCGUUCACCGCCGCGGGUUACGGCACCUACGGGCCGCGUCUGGAGGUCACCACCAAAGAGGAGCCAGCAGCCACCAUUGUGUCCAGCGAGCAGAACCCGGUGAUCAUCAUCGCGGUGGUGGCCGUGGCGGGGACCAUCAUCCUGGUGUUCAUGGUGUUCGGCUUCAUCAUUGGGAGAAGGCAUUGUGGCUACAGCAAAGCUGACCAGGAAGGGGACGAGGAGCUCUAUUUCCAAUGCACCAAAACAUACAUCGACCCUGAAACCUACGAGGACCCGAACAGGGCUGUCCAUCAAUUUGCCAAGGAGCUGGAUGCGUCGUGCAUUAAGAUUGAGCGGGUGAUUGGAGCAGGGGAGUUUGGAGAGGUGUGCAGCGGGCGGAUCAAGCUCCCAGGGAAGCGGGACGCACCAGUGGCCAUUAAGACCCUCAAGGUGGGCUACACAGAGAAGCAGAGGCGGGAGUUCCUCUGUGAGGCCAGCAUCAUGGGCCAGUUUGACCACCCCAAUGUGGUUCACUUGGAGGGAGUAGUGACCAGAGGAAAGCCAGUUAUGAUUGUGAUUGAAUACAUGGAAAAUGGCUCAUUAGAUGCCUUCCUUAGGAAACAUGACGGUCAGUUCACCGUCAUCCAGUUGGUGGGCAUGCUGAGAGGCAUCGCAGCAGGAAUGAGAUACCUCUCCGAUAUGGGCUACGUCCAUCGAGAUCUGGCAGCGCGCAACAUCCUUGUCAACAGCAAUCUCGUAUGUAAAGUGUCUGACUUUGGCCUGUCAAGAGUGAUAGACGACGAUCCCGAGGCUGUCUACACAACAGCGGGGAAGAUGCAGGAUAUAAUGAAUUUGAUCUUUACUCCUGCCACUGACCUGCGUUUUACUGAACAGGGUGGGAAAAUACCAGUUCGGUGGACGGCAACGGAGGCCAUCCAGUACCGUAAAUUCACAUCAGCUAGCGAUGUGUGGAGUUACGGCAUUGUCAUGUGGGAGGUCAUGUCCUAUGGGGAGAGGCCUUAUUGGGAUAUGUCCAAUCAAGAUGUUAUAAAGGCAAUUGAGGAGGGCUAUCGCCUGCCCGCACCCAUGGACUGCCCUCCAGGCCUACACCAGCUCAUGCUUGACUGCUGGCAGAAGGACCGGGCAGAUCGACCCAAAUUCGAUCAGAUAGUUGGCAUCCUUGAUAAAAUGAUUCGCAAUCCUAGUACUUUAAAGACUCCAAUGGGGACAUGUACGAGACCCAUCAGUCCCCUCUUAGAUCAGAGCACACCAGACUUCACCACUUUCCGCUCGGUGGGAGACUGGUUGGAAGCCAUCAAGAUGGAGAGAUACAAAGACAACUUCACAGCUGCUGGCUACAGCUCCCUGGAAUCAGUGGCGAGGAUGACGAUCGAGGAUGUGAUGAGCCUGGGGAUCACUCUAGUGGGCCAUCAGAAGAAGAUCAUGAGCAGCAUACAGACCAUGAGGGCCCAGAUGCUGCACCUCCACGGCACCGGCAUCCAGGUGUGAGCGAGGACGCCCCCAGCCCAGCGGCCAGCGCACCCUCCCAGGGGCCCGUGGGGAGCGCAGGGGAGGGCGUCGGGAGACCCCCGGAGCCCAUGCUCUCACUCAGGCACCACCGAGGAUAAUCAAUAAAGACAAAACGUCGUGCUUUUUUUCUGUCGUCGUAUUCGUCGUCGCUCUUGUUCCGGAUCUUCGGAAUGAACACAAAAAAAAAAACAUUCCUUUGUACUUUGGCAAAGGAUUUGCUCCCCCCCCCCCCCCCCCCCCCCCUCGCUAAAGAGCAGGAGGGAGCCGAAGGGAGGACGCCCAGAUGGAGGGAGAGAGAGACAGAGCGAGCGAGCGAGCGAGAGACACACCGUGGACAUGGACACGUGCAAGGCUCAGAGGAACAUGGAGGAGUUUUAUCAAGAGGAGGCAGAGCUUCUGAAGACGAGUUUGAUGCGUUUUUAUCUUGUUUCUUUAUGAAUGGUUUAUUUGUGCGAACAUCAAUACAGACUUUUACUUAAACUAUGACUUUAUGGUAAAAGAAAAUACACAACACACAAAAAAGGACAAAGAAAAAAAGAGUGGUUUAAUGAAUAUCUUCUUAAGUCUGUUUGUUUUGAUAUGCUAGCCACUCUGAUCUAGUGUGGUGGUAAUGGUACAUUUUCAUUUGGUUUCUUAUCUAGUUUUCCAUUUUCCUUUGGCUUGAUAACAGGGUAAGAGUUCCCUCAUGGGAAGGAGGAUUCAGUGAUACUAUGAAAUGACCAGUGUGUCAUGUGUCAUACUCUUAACAGUUGAAGUAUUUGUUGUGAAUAGUUUCCCCCCACGGCGUUAGUUCAAAUACUGCAAUUCGUAACUCACUUUAGUUGAAACUUUACACAGUGGUUGUGAUGGCUGCGUUUGACACACAUGGUCCUAUUUUGAAGUAGCACAGUCUUGGGCUGUGUUUGUGUAACCCCCGGAGUUCUUACAAUAGCAAUGUAAAGCUUGUGUGACUGUGAAAGCCCCAUGUCCAAGUAGCAAUAUUCAUCUUUAUGUUUACCACCUUAUUAUUCCAUCAUAUGGAGUACACAGUACCUUUCUUUCAGUUUUUCACUUAGAGAAAUGAGAUAGUUUUCAAAAAUAGCACUAAUGGUUUUUAUUUCGUUUUUUUUUUUAUUUGUGUUUGUUUUAGUUAAAUAUUUGGCCACUAUUACCUGAAAGCAAAAAAGGUCUUUGCCAUGUAUUACAUUUGUGAUUCUUUGAAUCAGUGAAUCAGUGAAAAUGUUGAAGUAGUAACUGCCUUAAUGUUCUAGUACAUUUACAAAAUGUUUCAACUAUUGUCGGUGUUGGAGUGGCUGAAGUAUUUCUCGAAAUGGGCUGAAUUUCUUCUUUUCGCAUAGCUGAUGGUUUCCCAGUUUUGACGCUUUCGUCCUGAACUUGAGCAAAUUGAGUCAAGUAUAACGACGCUUUCAGUUUGAGGUGUGUUAGGAACGAGCUUGAGCAGGAUAGAGGAUGACCAAACAGCAAUAACUUUCCCCAGCCAGGAACGAGCCUCCUCUGCUUCAGUCAGGUGCUAUGGUUUUUACUAACAUACUCAAGUGCUUGGGAGUCACCAGUGGGAGCUGCAUUUCAGAGAACCUCUACCGAAUGCAAGGGUGCCUAGAGGAAGUGAGCGGCUCUCCAACAUAAGCAAAUAUUUGUUAGCAAGACGAGAAACAGCGCUCUAAUUACCGUAUAUUAUUCUGUGAGUGAGAUGGCAUGCCUUGAUGCUAACCCAACCCCAAGGGUAUCUUAAGUGACUGCUGUGCUUGCUUGCUGUUUGAGAAUAUUUUCACCCCUUAAAUUAAGGAUUUUUAAUUGUCUGAGGAGGAUGAUAACAUGACAAAAUGGUGAUGUGUUGUGCGAUGUCAGCUAAUCAACAGGAGAGCCACCACUGAUCCGUUGACGGUUUACCUCUGUCUGUCCAGGCCUUUGUGCAAUGUAAUAACGCUAACAGUACCUCUCUGGUAUGUGUCUUUUGAAAUUCUUUUUGUUUCUUUUUUUUGUUGUUGCUCAUCAAUGGAUAACAGGCUUUGAAAUUGUGUGCUGUCAACAGUUUUUGGUGCCAUCACAGUCUAUUGUUUGUACAACAAAUGAAUGUUACGCUGAAUUUAGUGAUCAGCAUUGUGGUCUCUUGAUGAAUGGGUCAGCCAUUUCCUUACAUCCAGUGAAGUUUAGUCACCUCCCGACGAGUGCUUCAGUUCAGAGCGUUUGGAAGCUCCACACAGGUCUGUGUGUCCACAGUAUUAUUUAGAGAGUCACGUAAGGGAGAUACUCAUCGGCCCCCCCCCCCCCCUCUAACUGACUGAAGCUGCAGGCUGUUGUGUUGACACUUUGAUAUGGUGGACGAGCUGUACAGCAGCUCUCUUGAAACAGCAGCUUGUCAUUCCCCUCCACGCCCCGUUGGCCACCGCGUCCACUCCAAAGGGACCGUCCCCUCCCUCCCUCGCGCGCGCACGCGGGUCCCCUCCGCCCCGGAGCCAGAGCGUGGCCGGCCCUCGGCCCAACGUUACAGAGCCGCGCGCCGCCCAUACCGCAGACCUCAGCAGUUGGGGCUCUGCCAGCGCAUUGAAUUGAACACUGGCGCAAAGGCAUUCAGUCAGCACAAAGCCCAGUGGUCCACCAGUCAGUCACGUCACUCUCCCCUGCAGCCCCCCCUCCCCACCACAGUGUACGGAUCCGUUACAGCCUGCCCCACUGGGUCCCCCGACCACGGGCACGGGCACUAGGCCCUUCCCCUCCGUAUGGAUUUGGGUUCCUGUAGAGACAGCAAUUUUGGGCCAAAUUGAGAUUAAAAGCCAGAUUCAAUCAGUCCACCUCCCAGGACAUCGUGACCCUUCAAUGACAGACACACGGCCAUGUUGUUCUCAAACCUGCUUUCUUAACUCACACUGGCAGCGUGGUGGAAAUCAGGAACUGCUCAUCAGGACAGAAAGAAAUGUGUCUACAAUGGAGGGGUUGUCUUUUGGAGGAUGGCCAUGGUGUUUUUGUUUUUUUUUUGUAAGGAAAAGUGUUGAAAAGCCCUUUACGGAAAGAGACUAAUGAUUCCAAAGAGUUCAGCACUGUUGAUUGUGUGAGGAAGACCACAGAGAUCAGAGGGAAACUUUGUAUAUGUUCGAAUUGUAAAACUUGUACAUUUUAUUUAUAAUGUUGUUUUUUACACACAUUACUCUGUAGUGAGCUCUGAAUACAUUGAAAAUGCACUAUAUUUUUCUAUCUCACUCACAGAUUAUUAUUGUCACUGUUUCAGUUGUACAUAAUUUCUCAUUUAGGACCAAAGACAGAUGAUAGGUUUUCCAUUUAGAUUUUUAUUUUGUUUUAUUUUGUCUUUUAGUUUGAUGUACAGUGAUGCGGAUUGUCGAUUUAUUAUUUAUUUUUCUGUGAUGAAAGUAUUGAGAGUAUUCACUGGUCAAAUGUAUUUUCUCCAACUGCAGAAUUGUAAAAUCAUUUACCUAGACAAUUUCUUGUUACAUAGACAUUUCUUUUUGCUUUGUAAUCUUUGUA